UGCCUACAUUGUGAGACUUGGAGUCUAUUAUUUUAAAGAAUUGCGGAGGUUUAGGACGUCUUUAUUUUCUGAGCUUCCUGACAAAUCUUUGUGAGUAGUACAUAUUUUUAUUUGAAAAUACUUUUGUGUUUAUAGCCGUUGACCUACGUGGGUCCAUAGAAGCACGUCAUGAAGCCUAGGGAUUGUCCAAAGCGCUGUGGACAAAGGUGUUCCUAAACCCUGGCCAUGUGGCAGAACUGAAGUUUUUCCUCUCUGAUUAAUCUCGCUCUGCAGCAGUCUUCAGAGGUAGAUUGAAUUAGUGAAUUAGCUUUUAUGCUUCUACUCGAGUUUUGUUUGCUGAGCGACUUGAGAUCAUCCAUGUGGGCUACCGAUGGACUUAGAGACGAAAUGCCUCUGGGAUUUCCAGUGACUUUGAAGCCGUAUGAAGCAUGAAGAUGGAGUUUUAACAUUGAACGCGGAGAACACUAAUUAUGCCUAUCAAGUUCCAAACUUCCAUAAGUGUGAAAUCUGUCUGCUAUCUUUUCCAAAAGAGUCCCAGUUUCAACGCCACAUGAGGGAUCACGAGCGAAAUGACAAGCCACAUCGAUGUGACCAGUGCCCCCAAACAUUUAAUGUUGAAUUCAACCUGACACUUCACAAAUGCACCCACAAUGGGGAAGAGCCUACCUGUCCUGUGUGUAACAAGAAAUUCUCCAGAGUGGCUAGUCUCAAAGCGCAUGUUAUGCUCCAUGAAAAGGAAGAGAGUCUCAUCUGCUCCGAGUGCGGGGAUGAGUUCGCCCUGCAGAGCCAGCUGGCCACGCACAUGGAGGAGCACCGGCAGGAGCUGGCCGGCGGCCGGCCGCACGCCUGCAAGGCCUGCGGGAAGGACUUCGAGACGCCCUCCCAGCUGAAGGAGCACGCGAAGACGCACUACAAGAUCAGGGUAUCGAGUACAAGGUCUUAUAAUCGGAACAUCGACAGGAGUGGCUUCACAUACUCAUGCCCACACUGUGGAAAGACGUUUCAAAAGCCCAGUCAGUUAACUCGGCAUAUUAGGAUACACACAGGUGAAAGGCCGUUUAAAUGUAGUGAGUGUGGGAAGGCUUUUAACCAGAAGGGGGCCCUGCAGACGCACAUGGUCAAGCAUACAGGUGAAAAACCCCACGCCUGUGCCUUCUGUCCUGCUGCCUUUUCUCAAAAAGGGAAUCUCCAGUCCCACGUGCAGAGAGUCCACUCUGAGGUCAAGAAUGGCCCCACGUAUAACUGUACCGAGUGCAGUUGUGUGUUUAAAAGCCUCGGGAGCUUGAACACCCACAUCAGCAAGAUGCACGUGGGCGGGGUGCAGAACCCUGCGGGCCCCGCGGAGACAGCUCACGUGCUAACGGCCACGCUGUUUCAGACGUUACCUCUCCAGCAGACGGAAGUCCACGUGACGUCUGCAUCGAGCCAGCAGAACUCCCAGGCCGUGACCGACGUCAUCCAGCAGCUGCUGGAGCUCUCAGAGCCGGGGCCAGCGGAGUCCAGCCAGCCCCCGCAGCCCGGCCAGCAGCUCAGCAUCACCGUGGGCAUCAACCAGGACAUCCUGCAGCAAGCCUUAGAAAACAGUGGGCUGUCUUCAAUUCCAGCUGCCGCGCACGCUCACGACACCAGCCACGCCAGGACGCCCUCCACGCAGGUGCCAAGUCUGGACGCUCCUCACCCUCCGAGUGAGCAGACCCACCCCACAGAUGCAGAGCAGGAAAAAGAGCAAGAAAGCCCAGAGAAGUUGGAUAAAAAAGAAAAAAAAAUCAUAAAGAAGAAAUCACCGUUUCUACCUGGUUCCAUCCGCGAGGAGAACGGCGUGCGGUGGCACGUGUGUCCCUACUGCACCAAGGAGUUCCGGAAGCCGAGCGACCUGGUGCGCCACAUCCGCAUUCACACUCACGAGAAGCCCUUCAAAUGUCCCCAGUGCUUCCGGGCCUUCGCCGUGAAGAGCACCCUCACCGCUCACAUCAAAACGCACACGGGCGUCAAGGCAUUCAAGUGCCAGUACUGCAUGAAGAGCUUCUCCACGUCGGGGAGCCUCAAAGUGCACAUUCGUCUGCACACAGGGGUCAGACCUUUUGCUUGUCCUCACUGUGACAAAAAGUUUCGAACCUCAGGCCAUAGGAAGACUCACAUCGCUUCUCACUUCAAACACACGGAGUUAAGAAAGAUGAGACACCAGCGUAAACCUGCAAAGGUUCGAGUCGGCAAGGCCAGCGUUCCAGUCCCCGACAUUCCUUUGCAAGAGCCGAUUCUCAUAACUGACGUAGGUCUUAUCCAGCCCAUUCCAAGAAACCAGUUUUUUCAAAGUUAUUUUAAUAAUAAUUUUGUAAACGAAGCAGAUAGACCGUACAAGUGUUUUUACUGUCAUCGUGCAUAUAAAAAAUCUUGCCACCUUAAACAACACAUCAGAUCACAUACAGGUGAAAAGCCUUUUAAAUGUUCUCAGUGUGGAAGAGGCUUUGUUUCUGCAGGAGUGCUCAAAGCACACGUCCGAACGCACACUGGACUAAAAUCUUUCAAGUGUCUGAUAUGUAACGGAGCUUUCACUACUGGUGGGAGCUUACGGCGACAUAUGGGUAUCCAUAAUGACCUUCGUCCCUAUAUGUGUCCCUAUUGCCAGAAAACAUUUAAGACCUCACUAAAUUGCAAAAAGCACAUGAAAACCCAUAGAUACGAGCUCGCCCAGCAGCUCCAGCAGCACCAGCAAGCCGCCUCGCUGGACGACGGCGCCGGGGACCAGCCGAGCGUGCACGUCUCGACGCACAUGCAGGUGGGGAUGGAGAGCGAGCAGCUGCGGGAGGCGGCCGGCCCCGCCCACCCCGAGGCCAUGCUGGACCUGGAGCCGCAGCAGGUGGUGCGCACGGAGGACGCGGGCCUGGGUCAGCCACUGACGCACCAGCCCCUGGAAGCUGAUGAAGACAGGUUCGUGGCUCCGCCGCCCACCCUCCCGGCACACAUGGACCAGUUUGAAGAGCCAGCCCCUCCGCAGCAGUCCUUCGAGCCGGCCGGCCUUUCGCAGGGCUUUACCGUGACGGACACGUACGGCCAGCAGCCCCCGUUUGCCCCCGUCCAGCAGCUCCAGGACUCCAGCACGCUGGAAUCUCAGGCCCUCUCCACCAGCUUCCACCAGCAGAACCUACUGCAGGUCCCCAGCUCUGAUGCGAUGAGUGUCACCACGCGAUUGAUCCAGGAGCCGUCCCAGGAGGAACUGGAGCUGCGGACUCAGCGUCCCCGAUUCCUGGAGGACGGGGAGGACCAGAGCCGGCGCUCCUACAGGUGUGAGUACUGCAGCAAAGGCUUCAAGAAGUCGAGCCACCUGAAGCAGCACGUGCGGUCCCACACUGGGGAGAAGCCCUACAAGUGCAAGCUCUGUGGGCGCGGCUUCGUCUCCUCCGGGGUCCUCAAGUCGCAUGAGAAGACACACACAGGGGUCAAGGCGUUCAGCUGCAGCGUGUGCAAUGCGUCAUUCACCACCAACGGCAGCCUCACCCGGCACAUGGCCACGCACGUGAGCAUGAAGCCCUACAAGUGCCCGUUCUGCGAGCAGGGCUUCCGCGCCGCGGCACACUGGAAGAAACACAUGAAGAGGCACCAGGCCGUCCCGUCUGCGGCGGCGGCCGCGGGGGAGGCGGACGGAGCAGAUGUGUGUCUGGAGGAGGAGGAGGAGAACUCUGACAGAAGUGCCUCUCGCAAGGCUCGUCCCGAGGUCAUCACGUUCACGGAGGAGGAGACGGCGCAGUUGGCCAAGAUCCGGCCGCAGGAAAGUGCCACCGUCUCAGAGCAGGUCCUGGUGCAGUCGGCGGCCGAGAAGGACCGCAUCAGCGAGAUGAAGGACCGGCAGGCCGAGCUGGAGGCCGAGCCCAAGUUCGCCAACUGCUGCUCCUACUGCCCCAAGAGCUUCAAGAAGCCCAGCGACCUGGUGAGGCAUGUUCGGAUCCACACCGGAGAGAAGCCGUAUAGGUGUGACGAGUGCGGGAAAAGCUUCACUGUUAAGUCGACUCUGGACUGCCACGUGAAGACCCACACAGGUCAGAAGCUCUUCAGCUGCCACGUGUGCAGCAACGCCUUCUCGACGAAGGGGAGCCUGAAGGUGCACAUGCGUCUGCACACGGGGGCCAAGCCGUUCAAGUGUCCGCACUGCGAGCUGCGCUUCCGCACGUCGGGCCGGAGGAAGACGCACAUGCAGUUCCAUUACAAGCCCGACCCGAAGAAAGCCCGCAAGCCGGCGGCCCGGAGCGCGUCCGAAGGCCUGCAGCCCGUGAACCUGCUCGGUCCCACGUCCGCUGACCCGAACGUGUUCGUCAUGAACAACUCGGUUCUCGCGGGGCAGUUUGAGCAGAGCGCGCUGCAGCAGGGGCUGGUGGGCCAGGCUGUCCUUCCCGCCUCCGUGUCGGCCGGCGGCGACUGGACGGUGUCCCUGGCGGACGGGAGCCUGACCACCCUGGAGGGCGUGCAGUUACAGCUGGCCGCCAACUUGGUCGGCCCCAAUGUGCAGAUCUCGGGCAUCGAUGCCUCCAGCAUUAAUAACAUCACGCUCCAGAUCGACCCAAGUAUUUUGCAGCAAACGCUACAGCAGGGCAGCUUGCUCACCCAGCAGCUGCCUGGGGAGCCCGGCCUGGCCUCCCAGAGCGGCUCUCUUCAGACCCAGGAUAGCACGGUCCCCGCUAGCGUCGUCAUCCAGCCCAUCCCCGGCCUGUCCUUACAGCCCACCGUGACGUCAGCCAGUCUGACCAUCGGCCCGCUGUCGGAGCAGGACCCCGUGAUGACCACCAGCAGCGGUGGGACUCAAGACCUCUCUCAGGUGAUGACAUCGCAAGGCCUGGUGUCCAGCUCCAGCGGCCCCCACGAGAUCACCCUGACCAUUAACAACUCCAGUCUGAGCCAGGUCUUGGCACAGGCUGCCGGGCCCACUGCUGCAUCGUCCUCGGGGUCUCCCCAGGAGAUCACUCUGACCAUCUCUGAGCUGAACACCACCCCUGGGAGCCUUCCUUCGACAACACCCAUGUCUCCAUCGGCCAUGUCUGCUCAGAACCUGGUCAUGGCGUCGUCAGGAGUGGGAGGAGAUGCCAGUGUUACGCUGACCCUGGCCGACACUCAGGGCCUGCUCUCUGGAGGGCUGGACACGGUCACGCUCAACAUCGCUUCUCAGGGCCAGCAGUUCCCAGCCUUACUCACGGACUCCUCGCUGUCGGGCCAAGGGGGAGCGGGGUCGCCGCAGGUCAUCCUCGUGAGCCACACCCCACAGCCCUCCGCCGCUGCGUGUGAGGAAAUCGCCUACCAGGUAGCUGACGUGUCGGCCGGCCUGGCGCAGGGCGGGCAGCCAGAGAAGGAGGGCCGGGCGCACCAGUGUCUGGAGUGUGGCCGCAGCUUCGCCUCGGCCGCCGCGCUGCUGCACCACAGCCGGGAGACGCACGGCCGGGAGCGCAUCCACGUGUGUCCCGUGUGCAGGAAGGCCUUCAAGCGCGCCACACACCUCAAGGAGCACGUGCAGACGCAUCAGGCUGGCCCUUCCCUGAGCUCCCAGAAGCCGCGAGUGUUCAAGUGUGACACCUGUGAGAAGGCGUUCGCCAAGCCAAGCCAGCUGGAGCGGCACAGCCGCAUCCACACAGGAGAGCGGCCGUUCCACUGCAGCCUGUGCGAGAAGGCCUUCAACCAGAAGAGCGCGCUGCAGGUGCACAUGAAGAAGCACACGGGCGAGAGGCCCUACAAGUGUGACUACUGCGUCAUGGGCUUCACACAGAAGAGCAACAUGAAGCUGCACAUGAAGCGGGCGCACAGCUACACGGGAAACCUGCAGGAGCCCGUCGUCCAGCAGGAGCACGGUGCCGAGGAGCUGGGCCGGACCCUCCAUCUGGAGGAGGUGGUCCAGGAGUCCGCGAGCGAGUGGCAGGCCCUGGCCAACGUGUUCUGACCCGGCCCACCCCCGCCACCAAAGCCGUUUCUGAAGUUAAAUGUUGCGGAGAACGGAGCACUUGGAAUUUCUUCUUGGAAGCUUCGGGUGUUAAGAAAUGUUACCAUGCUAGGUUUUUAGCUGUAAAAUUAUCUCAAGAAUCAUUGUCUUCAGAGACUGAUAGGAACAACUGAGAGCAGUGUCAGCCCGUUGUUGUCGUUUGUGUACAAAUCACUGAACUCAGGUACAACCCUAGGCAGUUCUACCUUCCCGUUGCGGCCAGUGCCUCCAGUUCCAAAGAGCAAACUGGGUCUCACUGUCCCGUGCCGUGGCCUCUCUGUGUUAGCGGAGACGAACGUUAACAUGGAACACGCAAGAUAGAUUUUCCUUUGUGCUUUCUGUUGUAAGAAGCGUAGCUUAUAAAGCAAACGUAAAAUCGGCGCAUGAGGUUCAGAGAAACGUUAGAACACGCAGGGAAGUGUUUUCCAUUUUCUUUCUCUGUGUAUUUUGAAAUUAAGAAACAGAUUCUU